GUUUCUCUAUGAUUUCGUGUGCGGUGGAUGCUGGCCUGCGGGAGGAAUAAUGGCGGGGCGGGCCUAGCUGUGCGGCGGUAACCGCGAGCCUUGGGUCGAGCUACAUGGUGGAUCUCGUACGUGCUUCAGAACCCGGAAGCUGCUCCAUUUAAGCCAGUCGUUACAGCAGGUUUUAACCUACAUCCAUGGUGUGAGUUUGAUUCCAUGCUUUUAAGAUGACCACUGCUGCUCGACCAACUUUUGAACCUGCCAGAGGCGGAAGAGGGAAAGGAGAAGGGGACUUAAGUCAGCUCUCCAAGCAGUAUUCUAGCAGGGAUCUUCCUUCUCAUACGAAAAUCAAAUACAGGCAGACCACUCAGGAUGCCCCCGAAGAGGUGCGCAACCGCGACUUCAGGAGAGACUUGGAGGAGAGGGAGAGAGUUGCAGUGAGAGAGAAGAACCGAGACAGGCCAGCCCGAGAACACACCACUUCCUCUUCGAUCUCCAAGAAACCUCGACUCGAUCAGAUCCCUGCAGCUAACCUGGAUGCAGAUGAUCCUUUGACAGAUGAGGAAGAGGAGGAGGAAGAUUACGACGAAGAGAGCGAUGAUGAUACAGCUGCUCUGUUGGCUGAGCUAGAGAAGAUAAAAAAGGAACGAGCCGAAGAGCAAGCCCGAAAGGUGGGACGACGAUGUCGUCUUCAAGAAUUGCGCUAAGGGUGUAGACGAGAUAAAAAAAGACAAACGAUUCGUCAAUGACACGCUGCGGUCUGAAUUUCACAAAAAGUUUAUGGAAAAAUACAUCAAGUAGGGUCUCGUUUUUGAAUAGUCUGUGUUGCCGAUAGGUUGUGCGGGGCGCAAGUCGUUUGACUUCCAUCGGAAAAAAUGCUGGCUUGGAUGGAAAAUCUGUCCACAAUGGGCAGGUAUCCUUCAUGAUCAUAGGUGUCUUUUUAACUUAAUUCCUCAUCUGGCAUAUUUUGCAUGAUUUGUUGUUGUAAACCUAUCCCCUGCCCUCCCCUCCCCCUUUCUUGAAGAUGUUGGUUUCCUUAUUGCGAUGAAUGUAUGUUCACCGGAAAAUCAUUCUGUAAAUGUUUUGAAAAUGACUUCCAAUAAAUCCUUCACUUACGA